AAUCCGCGCACACCAGGCUGGGCUGCUUCCCUGUAAUAGUGAGCGUCAGCCAUUCUUAAAAACACAGAUUUUGUGGCUUAGUGGAGUGGACUGGAGGGGCGCGAGGAGCAUAAACUGAGCGGACAAAGAUGUAAAUAAAAACAGCCAUCUCCCUGCUGAGCGAGGCGUUCUUCAGCAGAGUUUUUGGAUCAAUCAGGCAGACAGGGGCUUCUUUUGAUUAAACCCCAAAUUGUCAUUGGGCAGAGGUAAUCAUGUGACAGGCAAUUCGGUCCAAUUUCAACCUUGUCUCCAUGAAUUCAAUAGUUUAACUCUAGCUCGGUCCCCAUACGGCCGUAAUCAGUGAAAUAGAAAAAACACCACCAGGAGAUUUUUUUAAUGAUUUUUUUCUUCCUCGUCCUCACUGAGCUGCAACAUUUCUAAAAUAUACGCGUGCAAACUUUCCUCGGCUCUCAGGGAGCGGAGAUGAAUUACGAAUUCGAGCGAGAGAGCGGUUUUAUCAAUAGUCAGCCGUCGCUUGCUGAGUGCCUGACAUCUUUCCCCCCUGUCGCUGAUUCAUUUCAAAGUUCAUCAAUCAAGAGCUCGACGCUUUCACGCCCGACACUGAUUCCUCCUCCCUUUGAGCAGACCAUCCCCAGCCUCAACCCGGGCAGCCAUCCGAGGCACGGCCGGCCCAGGCACAGCCCCGAUGGAUGCAGCCCGCUGCCCACAGCCUCCUUACCCCCGGAGUACCCGUGGAUGCGCGAGAAGAAAGCGUCCAAGAGGAACCACCUGCCGACCUCCACCGCCACUACCACAAUCUCGAAUGGACCCGUGUGCUUCUCCCCGAAAGGCUCGCCUGAGAUCGUGGAGAGCGCCGGAGGAGGCGGAGGCUCCCGGCGGCUGAGGACAGCGUAUACCAACACGCAGCUGCUGGAGCUGGAGAAGGAGUUCCACUUCAACAAGUAUUUGUGCCGACCAAGGAGGGUUGAGAUAGCGGCCCUGCUGGACCUGACCGAGAGGCAGGUUAAAGUGUGGUUCCAAAAUCGGCGCAUGAAGCACAAACGGCAGACGCAGAGCAAGGAGAACCACAACGGGGAGGGAAAGGGGCCGUGUGCCGAAGACGGCAUCCACAGCGAGGAGGAGGAGGAGGACGAGACGGGCCCCCUGUACGAGCGGAGCGGGGCCCUGCUGGAGAGAGAUACCUGCUCCUUUCAGAAUAACUCUCUCGGCUCCUCACAGCACCUCCACAAUAGCGAGGCUUUGGGUUUUGCUGCUGGGCCGCUGAACAGCAAUGACAAAAAUCUGAAACAUUUUCCCAACCCGUCACCCACUGUUCCGGGAUGCAUGUCAACAAUGGGCCCCGGCUCGGCAUCUGGCCCGGACAAUGGCAACAGUCCCCCGGCCCUGGAUGUUUCUUUACACGAUUUUCAACCUUUCUCCUCGGAUUCCUGCCUACAGCUCUCCGACGCAGCCUCGCCGAGCCUGUCAGAAUCUCUGGAUAGUCCCGUGGACAUUUCCACGGACAGUUUCUAUUUUUUCUCGGAGUCUCUUACUACAAUCGACCUGCAGCAUCUGAGUUAUUAACUAAACUCAAUCACAAUAAUUAUUUGCUCUUUUCGGGACACUAAAAAUCAGGCUUCGGUGGUAUUAACUCUGGUGUUAUUUGUAUAUUCGGCACAUUUAUUCUGUUGAUAUUUGACUUGACGAUUAAUACAAGGUAAGGAUGGAAUUAAAUCACUGAAUUUGUUUUACUCAAAGUUGCAGUUACCAUAACAAAUUUAAUUCUUGAAAUGGAAAUUAUGAGUUUGUGGCUGUGUGUGUGUGUGGGUGUGUGUGGCUGUGUGUGUGUUUGUAAAUAAGUAUACAAUAUUAGGCCAAUGGAAACUGGUCCUUUAUUUUUUGUAUAGCUUCCAAUGUCUUGGAUAUUUUUGUUAGAAUACAAAUAACUUGCUACAAUCUCCUUU